UCCAUAUAUCAAAUUCAGCUUUGAUCCAUUUGACAAUGUCAGGGUCCAAUCUGAAAGUUCCUUUAAUAUCUCCAUCACUAUCAUCACCAAAGCUCCCUGAUUUCAAACAAUCUGUGAAAUUGAAGUAUGUAAAGCUUGGCUACCAUUACCUCAUCACUCAUGGAAUGUACUUAUUCCUAACCCCUCUUUUUGUUCUCACUGCUGCACAACUCUCUACAUUCUCACUCCAAGACCUCCAUGACCUUCGGGAUCAUUUGAGGUUCAAUCUCAUAUCUGUUGUCCUUUGCUCAACUCUCUUUGUCUUCCUGUCCACCCUCUACUUCCUCACUCGUCCCCGCCCUGUUUACCUUGUUGAUUUCUCAUGUUACAAGCCCGAAGAUGCUCGAAAAACCACUAGGCAGAUGUUCAUGAAGUGCUCGCAUUCGAUAGGGACAUUCACUGGUGAGAAUCUUGAGUUUCAGCGCAAAAUUCUUGAGAGGUCAGGUCUUGGGGAGUGUACAUAUCUCCCUGAAGCUGUUAUAAGGGUGCCUCCUAAUCCAUGUAUGGCAGAGGCAAGAAAAGAAGCUGAGAUGGUAAUGUAUGGUGCCAUUGAUCAGCUGUUUGAGAAAACUUUAAUUAAACCGAAGGACAUUGGUAUUUUGAUUGUAAAUUGUAGCUUGUUCAAUCCAACACCGUCUUUGUCAGCUAUGGUGAUCAAUCAUUAUAAGCUAAGAGGGAAUAUUAUUAGUUACAAUCUCGGUGGGAUGGGAUGCAGUGCUGGUUUGAUCUCGAUUAAUCUUGCAAAAGACCUUCUUCAAGUCCACCCGAAUACCUAUGCGUUGGUGAUUAGUAUGGAGAACAUCACUUUGAAUUGGUAUUUUGGCAAUGACAGAUCAAUGCUUGUGUCAAACUGCUUGUUUAGAAUGGGGGGAGCUGCAAUGUUGCUUUCGAACAAUAGGUCUGAUAGGCGUCGAUCCAAGUACCAGUUAGUCCAUACUGUUAGAACACACAAAGGUGCUGAUGACAAGUGCUUCUCUUGUGUUACUCAAAAAGAGGACCCUGCAGGGAAAAUCGGAGUUUCUUUAUCGAAAGAUCUUAUGGCAGUUGCUGGGGAUGCUUUGAAGACCAGCAUUACAACUUUGGGUCCUCUAGUGUUACCUAUGUCUGAACAGUUGCUAUUCUUUGCUACACUAGUUGGGAGAAAGCUUUUCAAGAUGAGGAUAAAGCCUUACAUCCCGGAUUUCAAAUUGGCUUUUGAACAUUUCUGCAUACAUGCUGGAGGAAGAGCUGUGCUGGAUGAAUUGGAGAAGAACUUGCAGCUUUCGGACAGACAUAUGGAGCCUUCAAGAAUGACCCUUUACAGAUUUGGCAACACUUCAAGCAGCUCACUUUGGUAUGAACUGGCUUAUAUAGAAGCCAAGGGGAGGAUGAAGAAUGGUGACAGAACAUGGCAGAUAGCAUUCGGGUCUGGCUUCAAGUGUAACAGCGUGGUUUGGAAGGCUUUGAGGACUGUGAAUCCAGUAAAGGAGAAGAACCCCUGGAUGGAUGAGAUUGACAUGUUCCCUGUCGAUGUUCCAAAGGUCUCAGCCCUUUAAACUCCCAAUGGUUCCACAUUUCGUUUAGGUGUGUGAGGGAUAGCUGGCUUUCUCUUUUAGUCAUAUAACUUUGAUCUUGAUUGUGCUUCUGUAGUGUGAGAAUGAUUUAGGCUGCUCUUUCCUGGGUGAUCCAUGAUUCACAAUCAGUCCUUGGUAAUGUUCAUAAAUGAUUGAUAGUUCUUGGA